AUGGGGGAGACUACCCCUUUACAGAACUCCAUUCAGGUUGACGACAACACUGACGAUGACGAUUCAGGUCCAAAGCGAGGGAAUUUCAAAUCCCGGUUUGGAAUGGUUGUAUCUUGCAUGGGGUGCAUGGUCGGUGCGGGGAAUAUAUGGAGAUUUCCACGAAUUGCAGCCAAUAACAGCGGGGAUAACGGUUCCUUGCAAUUUAUCUUAGCCUGGUUACUGUUUUUAUUCAUCUGGUCCAUUCCAAUGUUGGUUAUAGAGUACGCCUCGGGCCGGUAUUGCAAAUGUUCCCCAGUUCGAAUUUUCAACAAUCUUCUGAGCUCGAAAAAUAUCUGGUUAGGAGGCUGGAUUGCAGCUGUAUCUACGGCGAUUGCAUGUUAUUACGCAGUAUUGUGUGCCUGGUGCUUCUACUAUCUAUGUUACUGUACGGUGAAUCCUCUGCCCACCACAGAGGAAGAAAGUUUAGACAUAUUUGUGUCGUUUGUUGGGGAAACCGUAUGGGCGUUACUUCCACAGGCAAUAGCAAUAAUCCUCGCAGGAUUGGCGGUGAUGUGGGGUGUGAAAACGAUCGAGAGAGUGAACAGCGUCAUCGUCCCCAUUUUUCUGUUGCUUCUUUUAUUUACAUUCAUCUGGGCCAUGACGUUGCCUGGCGCAGAGUUAGGACUCAAAUUCUUGUUUUCGCCCGAUUGGGAGCUUCUUGCUGACCCACAACUGUGGAUUGACGCAGCCAGCCAAAACGCCUUCGAUACCGGAGCCGGAUGGGGUCUAAUGACGUCAUAUGCAGCUUUCACCACCGAAAAAACUGGAAUAAUAAAGAUGUCAGUCAUAAUACCGUCGUUCAAUAAUUUAAUAAGUUUAAUGAGCGCCAUGAUGACUUUUGCCACGGUAUUUGCCGUCGAAUCUGAAGCUGGGCUGAAUAAGACAGAAAUAGUCGACAUAUUACAGAACAGUGGACCGGCAAAUACUGGACUCACGUUUAUAUGGAUGCCAAUUCUAUAUUCCACCAUUACAGGAGGGAAAAUACUCGCCAUUGCGUUCUUUUUGGCGUUAUCGCUCGCACUUUUGUCAACGGAAAUAGCAAUGAUUGAACUAGCUGUUAAGACGUUGGAAGAUUUGGGAGUUAAACGCUUCAUCGCCGUUCCAUCGACAUGUGUUCUUAUAUACGUCUUAGGAAUCGGGUCUGCUGUGAAUAUUAACUAUCUUGUGAACCAGGAUCUAGUGUGGAGCUAUGCAUUGCUUUUAUCAGGCAUUGCUUUCAUUUAUUUGGUAUGGAGAUACGGAUCGAGCAAAUUCAGGUCGAUUCUGAUCAAUGAUUUCAGCACCAAUGACUGGCAUCUGCCAAAACUAUGGGAGUGGAUAAUCAAAUUUCUUGCACCAAUAGAAGUCGCAGCACUGUUAGUCUGGUUUGCUUUAGACCAAAUACAUAAUAAUCCCGACUGGUACAGAGUAACCAGUGACGGUCUUCUCAGUUGUGUUGUACAGUGGACAUUAGUGGCCGUAUUAGUGAUUAUAUUCAAUGUCAUCUACAUCAAAAAGAAGGGUCCGAUGACCGCAACAGCGCCCUCUUACGAUAGCAUGGAGGAUAUCAAAAAAGAAGAACAAACUGAGGAAACCCUGGCUGCGGAGGCGGAGUCGGCGAUGCAUUGA